GACAACAAUUGUGGAUUGUUGGAAAUAACAAGCACCAUCAUGGAGCACAACAUAUUUGUGUUUGCACUUAUGCUUUUCCCAUCUUGUCUGGCACAAAACACCCUCAACUCACAUGAAGAAAUCAUAGAAUUCAUAAAUUCCAAUCAAUCAUCGUGGACUGCUGGAGUGAAUUUCGCCGGCAAAGACCUAAGAGAUCUUUUACCAUUAUUCGAUGGUGUUCGUGGGCUUCAUCCUGAUCUUAAUUUUACGAUACCUCAGAUGAAACACAACUUGGAAAACAUUACACUUCCUAGUAGUUUUGAUGCUAGAAGUAACUGGCCUCAGUGCGCUGAUAUUAUAGGAAACAUUCUAAACCAAGGACUAUGCGGUUCCUGUUGGGCAUUCGCUACAACGGAGGUUAUGUCGGACCGACUCUGUAUACAAAGCAACGGAACAGUCAAAAUGCAGUUAUCAGCUGAAGACGUUGUUUCAUGUUGUUCCACCUGUGGGGAUAAGUGCCAAGGAGGUUAUCCCUCUACAGCUUUUCAAUACUGGGAUACGCACGGCGUUGUCUCUGGAGGAGAUUAUUUAUCAAAUUCUGGCUGCAAACCGUACGGGUCAUCCGAAUUUGACAACGGUGUAGCAGCGGAAUGUCAUCAGGCAUGUUCAAACCCUUCCUACAAAACUUCUCACAACUCAGACAAGCAUUGUGGCGCAAAUUUUUACCAAGUGGACGGACAAGAGUCCCAAAUUCAAGCUGAAAUUUACGCCAAAGGAGCAGUUUCGGUUGUUUUUACGGUCUAUGAAGACUUUCCAUAUUAUCAAACAGGUGUCUAUUAUCAUAUCUAUGGUGCAGCUUUAGGUCUGCAUGCAGUUAAAAUCAUAGGAUGGGGGACCGAGAAUGGACAUCCGUAUUGGUUGGUCGCUAAUUCGUGGGGAAAAAGUUGGGGAGGAUUAGGUGGAUUUUUUAAAAUUUUGAGACGUUUGCAUCAAUGUGGUAUUGAAAAGCAAGUCCUUGGGGCCGAUUCAAGGGUUUGUUUCCCAAAUCCAGAAGACGAUGUGACACGUUCAUGGAGUACUGUAGUGUUGUCGACGGUUUCAAUUGUAUUUCUUUUAAUUGUAUUGUCGCAUUCAGCAUAUUUGGAUGAAUUAUCUGGAAAAUUUUAA